AUGCAGUCCAAGCUUCUUGUCGCUCUUCUCUUCUCGGCCGCGGCCGUGGCUGCCCCAGCGCCCGAUGCCACCAGCUAUGCUACUGCCUCCUCCGAGAGCACUGACAGCGACGAAUCCGCCCUCCUCGACUCGAUCCCCAGCUCCAUCCUGAGCGUGAUUGAGACCGCCAUCCCGGCCACCUGGUACGACGAGAUCAUGGAUCCGGCUUCGCGCUCCUCGAUUUUCAGCGACAUUGAGGCUGGAACCUACCCGGCCUGGUACAACAGCCUGCCCAACAGUGUCAAGGCCUGGGCUACCAGCGCUGCUGAGGAUGGCUUCAACUUUUUUGGUGACUCAGCCACCACUACUGACGACGCUACUGUCGCCGCUACUGCCACCGCUACUGCCACCGCGGCCGGUGUUGCUACUGCGACCGACUCCACCACCGCGACUGGCUCCAGUGCUGCCGUGAGCACCCCUGCCGCCUCCUCCUCGGCUGCUCGCUCCAGCUCCGCUUCGUCUGUGGCUUCUUCCUCUGCUCAUGCCUCCUCAACUUCGACCGGUGGCGCGUCUGUCCCGACUGGUGGUGUUGCCAUGAGCCUGGCUGGUGUUGCCGGUAUUCUCGGCCUGGCUUUGGCCCUCUAG